GAGAUGUUAUUCAUAUUAAAUUAAGUGGUGAUGAGAGACAAGUUGGUAAACAUCAUAAUUAUGUAAUAUUUACUGCUUGCAUAUUAAAUGAACACAAAGCAGUUUUAAGCCCAUCAAAUCAACAUUGUAUUUUUCUUUAUAUGGGUGCAGAACAAUAUGAAUCCCUUCAAUAG